CCGAGAUGGCGAAGAAGAACGGUAACGACAAGACUGCGUAUAUCCUCUUGAAGAGAUGGCUGGACACGGUCAAGUGGCUGAAGAAAACUCAGGAUUACAAGGACCGCAAGUCCAUCUAUUCCACCAAUAUGACCAUCGAUCAGCAGGCAAGAGUCAAUUGUGCAGGGAAGAAGCCACGCAGCGUGUACCAAAGGCUUCCCACUAUGCGCCAGAAGUCCGAGAUGGCGAAGAAGAAUGGUAACGACAAGACUGCGUAUAUCCUCUUGAAGAGAUGGCUGGACACGGUCAAGUGGCUGAAGAAAACUCAGGAUUACAAGGACGCAAGUCCAUCUAUUCCACCAACAUGACCGUCGAUCAGAUAAAUGAAGUGAAAAACAUACUUGCAGACUUGAGGCAAAAGUUAGAGAUACGCUAUGAGCAUAGUUCCAGGAAGCACAACGACGCGGUGGAGAAAAUGGAGGUGGACACGGACGGUGUGGAUACGGCAAAGGCCUAUGCGCCGAGUAGCGAUGUUAGCUUGAAAUUACCAGAGACACCGACUGACGAUCCUCUGUACGGCGACAGCGACAAUUUUAUAUCGUGCAAUCAAUUGUAUUCUUUAUCGCAAAAAAAUAACAGCAGAUAUUUGAUCAUCGACGUCAGGCAGAAGGCUCAUUAUGACGGAUCCAAAAUUACGUUCGACAAGUGCAUCAACAUUCCACAAUCGGAAAUUAAACCAGGUUUCGCAGUGGAGACUGUUAAACUGAAGAAUUCCAAGGGAAGCAUCAGAGGAGCAAAAAGACCUCUCGACGUUGCGAUUUGUUUUAUAAUGGAGCAAGUAAAGAGAGACGCACCAAGCAAGAUACAAAAAUGCGACAGCCCUUUAACAAACGGUCCUUUAGGCCACGGGACCCCGAUGAAACGAACUGAAACUUCGAGAUACGCAGCAUAUCAGAACGGUACGCGCUUCACCGUUCUGCCGAGUCACAUCACUCCACCGUCUGGAUUAAAGAACUUUAUUAUCAGAAAUCCGUUUGAACCCGACUUGAAUAAGUUACAUCAAUCUAUGAUCAGUCCGACUGUAUUCACAAAGAACCCAGGAUCAUCGCAACAGUCACCAGGCUUCACGUGGACCAUAGACGAGUUAGCACAUAUACAACCAGCGAAGAUUGAAGAAUUUCCUACGCAGCAAAUAUAUUCUCCAGAUCCGGAAGUAGAGGUGAAAGCUCAGGCAGCUAUAGAUCGGUUCUUCCAGCAGAAUCAGAUAAUUCCCAGCCCGUGGGAGAUUAGAGAACAGAAAAAUAAGUCGUCCAUACCCAUGGAUACUCCUAACAGGCCUUUGGAAUUAAAUUCUACUAAAGAAGUAAAACCAAGAAAGGAUGUGUGGUGCCAAACGGUUUUAUCAUUGCCUGUGGCUCUACCGCAAGAUGUUGAGGAGGUCUUGAAGCCUUAUUUCACAUUCACUCAGGACCAAAGUGCAGAUAACGACGAUGCUAAUUCAAGUAAUAAUUCACUGAGAAGGAAGUUAUUUUUUAAUUACGAGUGUACUGCUGAUGAUGAUAAUGAUAGUACCAAAUCUUUAUCACCAGUUAAAAUGAGUGAAUCCAUGAUAUUGUGUCAUAGCCCGCCUCAGAGUGCCAUGUUUGUUCACGGUACACCACUAAAGCGGUUGCCGCAAGCUAGACGACAGAGUACCGGAUCUUCUGUAGUCAAAAUUGAAAACUUAUCAUCACCGGACAUGUCACCAAUACGUAAUACUAAAAAUGAUAUGUCAUACAAAAGAGAUGAACUCUAUACUUGUUUGGCCACUCGGCUGGACUCCGCAAUGGAUAUGAGCAUAGACAAUAUAAUUAUGGAGAAAAGUUCCAAUGCAAUCAAUAAUUCCAAUUUUAUAGCUUUUGAUGAAAAUGACAUGCAGUGUACUGAAGGCAAUCAAGACGAUCGUAAAUUAAUUUUAAAUAAUAGCGAGAUGAAUUUAUGUGAUUCUAUUAACAUGGAGGCAUCAAAAUACGCAAGUUCGGCUAAGAAUCAUUGUGACGAUAGCCCAAAAAUUAUAACCGAAAUGGGAAACUCCAUGCAUAGAAAUCAUAAACAGAGUAACGCGAUAUCCGAAACAUUGGAUCAACAAAGCAUAUCAAAUUCAGUUCAAGACACGGGUUAUCAAACUUACAGCACAAGCAACAUGACACAUACAGUAGAGAGUUACAGUAAUAUUUCGAAAUAUCGUACAUGAUGGCAAUAUUGUUGAUUCUACGACAUUUUAAUGAAGAAAAAGAAUGUAGAAAAAAAUAUAUUCUUGCACUUUUUAGUUUUAGCCUUUUUAACAGUAUGAUGAAUAUUAUGUGCUCCAUGUAUAUGUUAGUUUAAUUAUAGUAUUAAAAUAUAUCAUGUAUAUACAUGUAUUCGUAUGGAGAAAAAGUGAUGCUGGAUGAAUAACCAACUCGCUUUAUAAGUUUCUUCAUCGAUUUCAUUAGAUAAAAUUUUCUUGUGGUUACAGCCUAAAAUAUUAAAUAUACUCAAGAUAUAUAUAAGCAAGGUCAAAAACUUAACAAACAUUUUACAGCAUGAUUCAUCUAAAAUGAGAUAAUAAUAAUAAUAAUAAUAUUAAUAAUGGUAUAUGUAUAUAUAUAUAAUUAUAAUAUUACAUAUUACGCCAACAAAAUUCUUAUACAUUCUGUAGAUAUAUAUAUGCGUAUAUAUAAAUUAUAACAUAUCUGAUCUUCCAAACUCAAAGGAUUCUGCAUUUGGCACGAUGUCAUGUAAUGGAAGCAAACCAAACACAUUAUGUCUUUUGAUUGUCCCUGGCUAGUUACAACGACACGCCGUAAUCUGCUUUGCUCCUUUACUUUGUGUUUUUGGUGUCCGUCGUAUGACUUUGCUUGUCAGCCGGUUGUAAUAAUAUUAAGCUCCGCAUUAAAAUGGUAACUCGAAACAGAUAAUUGUUUUUAUACAUAGCACCAUCGCAUGCAUUGGAUCGGCGCUACACAUUAAGAAUAUAUGAUUUUAAUAUAUUUAUAUAUAUAUAUAUCCUUUUUUAUACAUAACGUAAUUAUAGAAUAACAGUCUAUCGCUUCAUUGCCCUGACUCCGCGAUUAACGCAUUGCACAUAAGCCCCACACUCCUACAAGAACCGGCUGACUAGAGUAUUUCGCUCAAUGUCAGGAUUUACUGGUGUAUUGCUUUAUAUUAUGUGACUAAUCGAUUUAACCUACACUUUAGCCUAUCGAUUAGCUACACGUAUUAUGAUGAUGGAUAGCAAUCCCUCCCCCAUCUCCGAUAGUUGAUUAAUUUAGAAUUAACUACAUGUGGAAGAACAGAUCUUCAGUCGUAGCAAACAAGAGCUAGACUAAGAGAAUGUUAACAAAUCGUGAAGCUAUAACAUUAAUUUCCAUUAUCAAUUUAAAGACACCAGCUUGUUUUCACUCAAUAUCAAGAUAAAGUGUUUGAGGUGUGAGCAAGAAUGCCAAUUAAUUAGUAUUUAUAUUUAUACACAACUCUUUCGCUAAGCAACAUAAUAUAUAAAAUUCUAAAACUUCGGAUACACUGAAGUAUAACAAUGAUAUCGCAUUGAUUUUUGCAAUAUAAUAUCACAGAUAAUAGUUAGAAAAUAAAAUUUGAAGACAAAAAAUAUUCGAUCGUUUGUAGUAAUGUAAAUCCUGUAUAUGUUAUACAAUGUUGAGCGGAAUAUGCAACGUAAUAUAUAUAUCGAAAAAAAUUAUUUUAAAUGAAGGAAGGGACAAUAAGUUUUAGAGAUCCAAUUUUUUCCAUUUUUUCCGAUCCUUUAAAUAAUAUCGCAAUCGAAUUAUGCUUAUUAAAUAGAUUCAACAUUAUCGUGUAUUGAGCACAUGGCAUUCUUUCUUGCACCUUCAGAUUGAACUUUUCUGGUGUAGCUGACUAGCUACAAUCACAUUAAAUAUUUGAUGUAGCGCAUCCUGUCAAAGUCCAUAAUGCAAAUCGUAUAAUCGUAUUCUUAGAUUCUUAAGUAUAUCACCUGAUGUGUCUAAAUUAUUGAGACUUUCAAGUUAUCGAUAUUGUGUCACAACUAAUGCAACAUUUCAUAAUUGCAUAUGUAUAGAAACAGAAUUACACAGUUGAAUAGUUGGUGAAAACAUCUUAAAUUUAUGAUAUUGGUUCGAUCCUACAUGUAAAAGUGCAUAUAAUGCUGUGAAGCUAGUAUUCUCGUUCUAUGAUGUUGACUUUUCGACAGAUAUCAAAGAGUGUUAUGAUAAUGAUGAGUAACCCCCCCUGGGGGUUGAAAAUGACAAAUAAAAU